CAGGAAUCCGUGGCGAGUGUUAGUGUACGCUGGUACGCGGUAAAAUCGAAUUAUGUUUUAUAUUUAACAAAAUAAAAAGUGAAAAUUAGGCAAAUCAAAGUGCAAUUAGUGCGCUUUUUGUACUCUGUUGACCCACGUUUCGCAAGGCGACGGCAACCAACAUUGCGUUGCUUACUCAGUGUGGGCGACAGCUGCCAACUUCUUGUGUGCAAUAUCAACAAUCGCAACAGCAGCAGCAAAGCUGUUAACGCAAGUGUUAAUUAAAUAAAUUCAAUGAAUAUCAGAAAUGGUUAAAAAGUCGGUUUUGUGAUCAGCUGCAGUAGCGACAACGAUCUAGUUAAGCUGUAAAGUUGAAGUGACAAUUCUUAAAACAGCACAAAAUUAAGCAAAUAAUCAACAACCAAUUAAAAGUACUCAUCACAAGUUUAACCAAUUAGAGGCAGAGGGAGAUAAGCGGGCCCUAUGUGACCAAUUUCGGCUGGUGAUGCCGCAAAGACAGCAAAAUCAAAAGUCGACGCAGGUAUUUCAACCUCGAUAGUAACACAGUUAAAUCUUCCACAAAAUGGCAGUCAGCUAUGGCUGUCUCGCGGUGCAAUAUGUGGUGGUACCGACGGUGCUGGUGUUGGCCGCACUAUUUCGACCUGCCGGUAUCUCGUUCGUGUACCUGUUAAUGUUUUUUAUAACGCCCUUUAUCCCCAUCGCCAACAGUCGUAAUUUUAAAAGUUCCGUAGGACCGUUUUUCAUCAUACUCAUCGCACUAUGUUCUCUACUACUGUUAUGUCAUGUAGUACUUCAAGUGACAAUAAUUGCAAUGAAGAUCGAGUCGAUCUUCGCUAUGUGUUCAUUUACGCAACAGUUGUUGCGGCACAUCGGCUUCAUUAAUUUGCAAAACCUACAUCCAAUAGCUGCUGCCGAAUGGCAUUCGCCGGAUUUGUUGGUUUUCAUCACCGUGGUGGCUUCGUUUGUAAUUAUAAAAAAACUAAGCCAAACUCCACCACCGAUAACUUUGCAAUUAGAAAUUGGAGAAGCAAUACCAAUUCCCAUGCGACCGACGGAUGACAGUAUAGGUCCCGAUGAUGAAGCUUUCUUCGAUGGAUUAAUAAGAAUAUCACCGCUCUUCUGUCUAGCAAUGCUAUUUGUUAUAUCCAUUUUGCGGCCGUCAGCACCUGCUGGAUUCUAUUUUCUCAUAUUCCUGUUGAGUGGCUCGUACUGGGCCACCUAUAAUUCGCUGCGAAGGGGAUUCUCAGUACUGCUGCGUUUCCUAAUGCUGGUGAUCGCGUUACAUUCGGUUUGUAUCGUCGCAUAUCAAACGCCAUGGGCCCAACAUUAUUUGAGUAGUGAUAAUUUAAUUGCAAGAUUAAUCGGCCUGGAGCCAUUGGUCUUAUCGUCUUGCGAUCGCGAUAUACGCGUCAUGAGCUAUAACCUAAAAUAUAGCUUCGACUCCUUUAUUCUUCCUAUUUUAAUGCUGUUAACAUACUUUGUACUUGCGCUAACCGCUAAGUGCCUAAGCAAUCCACAUGUCACUGCAAAGCCCAAACCCGCCAAGGGCCAAUUAGAAAAUGGUAGUAAAUUAAAUCGACAAAUUUCGCGCGUAACGACACAUUCAUCGCGUAGUAGUAAGAAGGAUGGUUGGUCACGUGCACAACGCCUGACUGUUUCGUUACGUCGUGACCAACGUCCAAAAAGUACUAUCGAACCGACUGAGACGACACCUCUGGUGAAGCGUCUACGCAAAAGUGAUGCCAGAGAGGUUUCAAGCGAUGAAAUUGCACUGGAAACGCGGUUGUCGCCCCAAUCGGCCGAUAUUUUUACCAAUACAAUAUGUGAUCAGAUAUGCUACGGCUUUAUAAGCAUUGGCCAGUUUAUAUAUCAAAAUAGCUACAUUUUCACAAAUAUCUCAAUGAUGACUUGGUCCAUCGUCUAUCACAGUUGGCUGACAUUCGUCCUGUUAUUGUGGGCCAACAUACUCUGGAUGAUUCCCAAUCAGCGUAAAGCCAUGAUGCGUUCCAGCCCCUUUAUCGUGUGUUAUGCUGAGUUACUACUGAUAGCCCAAUACAUUUAUGGCAUGAACCUGAAAAACAACGAAUUACCCUCCAAAGUUGACACCGCUGGCAUCAAUUUACAGCAAAUCGGCCUCGAGCGUCCACAAGACCAUGGUACACAUCCGUGUGUUUCACUAAUUGUGAAGACUCUUUUUCUACUUAUGUUUUGGGUUACAUCAAGACAGUUUUUCCAAGAGAAAUCUGAGGAAAAGCGUAAUAAGCAUAGAACACCGCUCGCAAUGGCACUCGAAACUAUCGAUUCAGAAACCUCCGUUGAAUCGGCACGCAAACAUACAUCGAAAUUUCUUAAGAAAAUCGGUGAUAUCGUCAAAAAUCUCUUGGUCCGCUUAUGGAUUUGGAUGUUAGUUUUGGUGAUCUUCUUGUGCGCUAUGACUGGCAAAUUUAUGACCGGCUUUCGCAUAUGCUACAUGGCGCUAUUUCUCUUCUUCUUACUCGUCUUCCAAUCAUCAUCGAAGGUGUGGGUUAAGGUGAUGUAUGGCUUUUGGUUAUUCAUCAUCUUCUACGCCAUGUCCAUGCUGAUUCUUAUUUAUACCUAUCAAUUCGACAAAUUCGAUCAAUAUUGGUAUGAGUAUUUGAAUAUAUCACAAACGCUACAAAACGACAUCGGACUGGAGCGUUACAAAACCAAAGACCUUUUCCUGCAUCUGGUCUCACCAACACUAAUCGUUGUACUAACAGUCAUUCAAGUGCAUUAUUUUCAUCGUCGUUUCAUAGAAUCGCUACAAGAGCGUGAAGUAACUGCUGAGUCACAUGAAGAAAGAGAUAGCCAAAACCAAGUUGAUGAUAGAAAGGAAUCUAAAUCCGACGGAAUUAGUAAUGAUGCUACGAAAUUGUUGGUUUCAUCCCUAAAACGUUUACGCAAUAUUACCAGGCAUUAUUUUAUAGUUUCCAAGAAAUUGUUCUGGCGCUUCUUGGAAUUACACAUUAUUAAAGCCGUUUAUGUGACAGCCUUUGUGUGUGCCGUUAGUCAGGUCUGUGUUAUCCACGUCAUAUUCGUAGCGCUGUGCGUUCUGGGUUGCAUAACACGAAGCUCUAUACAAAUAUUUAUCAGCCGCAUCAUCUCAUUCGUUGUGUCGAUUAUAAUAUUAGCAAAAAUGAUCUAUCAAAUUGGUUAUAUUUCACAUGAGGAUUACGACGUAAAAUGCGAGAACGAAAACGUCACUCACGGCAAUAGCGCGGUGUGGUUCGGUCUGCAGAAAGCCGAUGAAACUACAAAUGGUCUGAUUGGUCUUAUAAAAAUGUAUAUUAUUUACAUGAUCGUUGUGACGCUGCAUGCUGUCGUCAGUUUAAGGCAAUUUCAAAUGCGCGCUAUCUACGGGCACACAGGAAAGGGUCAAGCCAAAGUACUCUUCCCUAGUACGAAUCGUGCCAAGGCCGAAACAAACCUCAAAUCAAUGAUACAAUAUCUCUUUAACUAUGGCUUUUACAAGUUUGGCCAAGAAAUCUCAUUGAUAAUGUUAGUCACCACAAUAGCCUUCCGGCAGGAUAUUGUAGCAUUUUGUUAUGUUAUUUGGUUAGCCGUGCUGUUGAUGUUCAGUCGGAAGAGACGUAGCUCAGUAUGGGGCAUAUUUCAGAUGUUCAUUGCAUUGAGCAUAUUUGUACAAUAUUUGGUGUUGCUCGGAUUACCGCCAAGCCUCUGUCUGGAAUAUCCUUGGCACAAUUCUCGGUUCUCAACACCCAUCCAAGGAUGGCUGCUAUUACCUGGUAAUCUGCACUACGAUCACACGAUAAAAUUGAUUUUCGAUUUCAUUCUAUUGUUGAUGGUAACGUGUCAAAAGCGUGUUUACAAUAUCGAAGAAAGUUCCGGUGACAGUUAUGCUGGUGGCUCGAAUCGAAAUGUGGUCAAAGACAUUGAGAAUUUGGGUCGUGUGCCGUUUGAUAAUCCCACAAAUGACUUCCUAUCGCAUGUACGUAACUAUUUGGAUAUUUUCAUGUAUGCCAUACUGUGUGGUUUCUUUUGGAUUACACUGGCCACUGUCUUUUUGGCUGGCACGAAUAUGCGUGAUUUUCUCACUUUGGGUUAUCUAAUUGGAGCUUUCAUAUUCUUGUGGGAGGGUUCCGAUUUCUAUCUACGUCCCAUACGUCAAAUAGUCAACCGUUGGCGAUGGUUACUCGCUUAUAAUGUUUUCAAUAUAGUUGUGAAAACUUGUCUCGAAAUGAUGGGUUGUCUAUUCUUGGAAGAUCUGACAAAGCAUUGCUGCUGGCUUGUACACUUGCUAGGCAUUGGCUGCUACUUCCGGACUCAGAUAAGCGAAGAUGAAGCACUAAAAGACAGCGAAGGUGGUGAAUGCCCGGAGGUGAAUAAAUCAACAAUUCUAAUGUGGGAUACGAUAUGCUUCGCAUUUCUGAUACUACAAAUGCGUAUAUUCAAAUCUCAUUACUUCUGCCACAUGAUCAUCGACACGAAAGCGAAUAGUAUAUUGGCGACGAGAGGCGCUGAUAUUAUUGAGGACUUACGUCAGAAACAAAUCGAACAUCGACAACAACACGAAAAUGAAAUUUUGGUCAAGAUCAAACGUAAGAUGGAGCGUAUACGUGCAACACAACAAAAGAUGCUUAAACCGAUUGAUAAGCCCACACAUUUCGAUGAACAUGGUGCUCCAAGCAAACCGCACAAACGGAAAGAGAUUAAGUUACACGGACCUGAUGCGCCCGAUGCGCCUGUAGGUCCUGUUGUCGUUGAACAAUUAAGGCUGCCACAUAAAAAAGCUGUGCGAGCUGGCGACUACUACAUGUUCGAGGAUGUGGAUGAUAAAUUUGAACUGGACGUAAUCGAUGAUGAGCAAGAUUUCCUGUCAGAGCAGGAAAGUGAAAAGAAACUGCAACGCCGUAAGACGGUUAUAAACACUGACACAAAACGCAAAACAGAAUCAGAGGCAUCCACUAGCAAAGAAGCGAAAGAAGCAUCAGAAAUGGAGGAAAAGAAGAAGAAGAGUGAUGUUGUCGACUCUGAGGAAUCUGAAGAUGAUUUGGAAGCCAACCCCAUCAUUCGCCUACUGGAAGGUUUCCUCGUGUCUUUAACAAUUGGUUUACAUCGUUUAUCACGCAAUUAUCGUUACGUCAACAAGAUUAUGUCCAAUGAAAAGCGUUUGCUGAAGGAAACACAUGCCGUCAAUUUGCUUAUUCGCCCAUCAGCAAGCACAGUGUUUGUCAAUAUAAAGGGUUUGUCGCCCAGUGAUGAAAAUGCAGAUACUGCUGGCUCGAUUGGGUCGGCUUCGAUUGAUAUACAAAACGAAACGAAUACACGACCAUUGCCACAUAGUAUUACGAAUGUUACCGAUUUAAAUACCAUCACCUCCGACACCCCACUACCAUCACCGUCACCGCCACUCAUAACCGAUACACAACAACCACAACAACAACAGCAAACAGAGGAUCCACAUGCCAUUAUUGAAAUGUCAGUGGAUACCGUCGACAAGCGAAAUGAUAGACAUAAUAAUGAGGAUGAUGCAAAUACAUCAAUGCAAAGAUCCCACAGCCUCGUCAUGCUUGAAGAGGACUUCACAGCACGUGAGCAUCACAUCAUCAUCGAGUUUCUCAUUUCACUUUGGUAUGCCCUGCUCUCGAACACAGACAUCAUUUGCUAUCUAGUCGUUUUCAUUAAUCAGGUUGUAAAUGCCAGCAUAAUUUCUUUGCCUUUGCCCCUAAUGGUAUUCCUUUGGGGCACACUGUCAUUGCCGCGUCCAACAAAAACAUUCUGGGUUACCCUAAUCGCGUAUACACAGGCGAUUGUCCUGAUAAAAUGCAUAUUCCAGUACAAAUUGAUUUGGGCUAAUUAUAUUAAUCUACCAAAUGAACCAUUAGCGCCGGCGAAAAUAUUUGGCGUCGAAUUGAAUCCAAACUAUGCCAGCUAUGAUGUGCUGUUACUGUUGGUGUUAUUCUUUCACAGAUUCAUAUUGAAAUCACACGGGCUAUGGAAGUCGGAAUAUAAAUUCCCACGCGGCACAAUAUCAGUCGAAACGACACCUGAGCAAGGGAGUGGUAACGAAUUGAAAGAAAAAAUGGAAGGAAUUGAUAACGGUGAAAAUACCGCAGAAGAUUUGCGCGGAGACGACUCUGAAGGCAACAUAGUAAGGGACUCGGAUGGUAACAGAGUGGUAGACUCUAAUGGCGACAUGGUAGGAAACUCUGAUGGCAACAGAGUAAGAGACUCCGAUAACAAUAGAGUAGGAGAAACUGAUGGCGUUCGAAGAAGAAGUCCCAGAGGCAGUCGUGGUGAAAAUAACGAUAAUGACUCCAUUAAUAAAAGAGAGAGUGGAACUGAAAAUAGAAAAGAAGGUGGCGCUGAACAAGAGGUUGAUGCACAAUUGAUUACAAAUACUGCGUUAGAAAAUGUAGAUGGAAGAAGUCAAGCGAGCGAUAUAAGCUCAAUUACAUAUAAGCGCCGUCUCAAACGUUUAAGGCGUGCCAAGUACCUCUCAUCAGUUCGAAAAUUCUUCACGAAUUUAUUGUCAAAAUCACGGCUGCCAGCGGAUGUUUACGCGCUGAUGUUCCUUUGCGAUUUCGUGAACUUUUUCGUGUUGCUUUUCGGAUUUACAGCUUUUGGCUCGCAACAAUCUGACAGCGCCGGUGGCGUACAAACAUAUUUGGAGGAGAAUAAAGUGCCGAUACCGUUCCUGAUCAUGUUGUUGGUGCAAUUCAUAUUGAUUGUGGUCGAUCGUGCUUUGUACCUGCGAAAGGCGCUUUUGAAUAAGAUCAUUUUCCAUUUCCUCUCUGUUAUUGGUAUACACAUUUGGAUGUUCUUCAUUGUGCCGGCGGUAACAGAGCGCAGUUUCUAUUCAUUGGCGCCGCCAAUUAUAUUUUACAUCAUCAAAUGUUUCUACAUACUCUUAUCGUCAUAUCAAAUAAAAUGCGGCUAUCCCAAACGGAUUUUGGGCAACUUUUUAACAAAGAGUUUCUCUCUACUCAACAUGGUGUCCUUCAAAGUUUAUAUGGCCAUACCAUUCUUGUACGAACUGCGCACAAUACUCGACUGGGUGUGCACGGAUAGCACAAUGACACUCUUCGAUUGGCUUAAAAUGGAAGAUAUAUUUGCGGAUAUUUAUUUCAUUAAAUGUAGUCGUCAAAUGGAAACCGAUUUUCCGGCCAUACGUGCCACAAAAAAACCAAUACUAACCAAACUGCUAAUGGGUGGCUUAUUCAUUAUUGCAAUUGUGAUUGCGCUCUGGGGUCCCUUGUGUAUAUUUGCACUGGGAAAUGCUGUCGGUCAAUCGAAUACACCCUUACAAGUGAGCAUUUCUAUACGUAUCGGUUCGUAUGCGCCCAUCUAUCAAACGAACACACGUGAUAAUAUUAUCGCCUUCGAUGAGACAAUGUACGGCGAUAUGCGAGGUGCUUACGUUAAAGACAGAGCGGCGAUUACCUUCCUAAGCAGCUAUGAUGCUACUGAUAUUGCAGCUAUAAAGCUGCCAGGCAACUCGCCAUCACUAUGGAAUAUUUCACCACCUGAUCGCAAUCGUUUGUUGGAAGAGUUAAAAAGUAAUGGUACCAUAGUGGCCAGCUUUGCUUAUUCGAUUACACGCAUUCCGCCUGAUAAAAGCUUAGUGGGCACAGUAUCGAGUGAAAUCAUCUUUAAUAUGAAUGAAACAUUUGUUGGGCGUGAAAGUUUAAUAAAUAUGUUGGAAUCAAAUGGCACUGCUACGUCGAAAGCUGUGGAAUUACCUGAUUUGGUGCCCAAAUUCAUUAAGAUUCUAAAUUCUGGUGAUGUGCAAAUUGUGCACCAACUGAUGCCAAACGGCCAAUCAUAUCGCCCGCUCUCGAUUCGCAUGCGUACUAGCUCCGCUGCGCGCAUCUGGUGGGAAAUUGCGGACUUUUGCGAUGAUGAUUUCCACACGGAAUUCCUGAAGAAGCUACCUUUGGAUAAAUGCAAUUCCGGCAUCGUUUUGUAUACUUUUAAUGAUAAAAAGUUCCCAUCCACAUUUAGUUUUAUUACCAAAGGCGGCAUUCUCGGCGUGUACACAACGUUCGUCAUUGUGGCUUCCCGCUUCUUCAAGUCCUUCAUCGGUGGACAAAAUCGUAAAAUCAUGUUCGAAGAUAUGCCUUAUGUGGAUAGAGUGCUGCAAUUGUGCCUUGAUAUAUAUUUGGUAAGAGAAGCGCUUGAAUUUGCGCUCGAAGAGGAUCUCUUCGCCAAAUUGAUAUUCCUGUAUCGAUCACCGGAGACGAUGAUAAAGUGGACGCGACCUAAAGAGGAAGCGGACGAUGAAACGGACUCGGAGUCGAUGCGCAGUCGUGGCAGCCUACGUGGAAACAGAUAAAAAAACCAACAAAAUUGAAAAACGCACUGAUUUAUUCAUAUAAAAACACAACUCGAAAAUAAUAAGUCUUAAAUUUCCAUAUCUACAUUUCGCUGCACAAUCAAAUAAUGAAUUUUUUUUUUUAAUAUUUGUAGCUAUAAUGCAAACACAUACACACAUAUUAAGACUCUCUUUGUUUAUAUGUUUAUAUAAUAGCAUUACUCUUCAGUAUCAUGUUUCGCGCGCUUACAGGAUGUAUAAUGUUUCGAAAACCUAUUAUCCUAAGAAAAGGUGAAGUUAAUUCCUUAAAAUUUGUUUUUCAUAAAAUAUUUAAAUUAUAUGGAUCGAAGAUUUUCUUAGUUUUGAUGGUAAUUUAGCUUAAACUGUUUCCAGUUAAUGUAAAAAGGCAGUUUCUCUACCCAGUUAUUCUAAAAGUAUAUAGGGACCUAAGUUACUGCUAAAAUAUGUUUAUAUGUAAAUAUGUGCUAGAUGUACCAAUGCUUCUUAGCCGAUCAUUGUCAAUAUUCUUAUUAAAUGGAAUCCCGAAAUCUCGGGAUUGGUACCGUGAUUCAAUUUCCUUUACAGAUCAGAAAAUGUUCACCUCUCAAAUUAUUAUAAAUUCUUUAAAUAAUAUUUUUUUAAGUUUAACGAAAUAUGGUUUAUAUUAUUCUGAGUUAACGUUAAAAAAUAUAAAUGUUUAUGUCAUUCAUAUAUCGACAAAAUCUGGUCAGUUCAUCGCAAGGGUAUAAUAAUACAAAAAUCAAAACUACUUUAAUUAGCACGCGAACUAUCAAGAGCUGUGAAAUGAACUUGCCUAUAAACCAAAUUUGUUUUCUAACUUAAAAUGCUCUUUCGAUAUGCAAGCUUAUAAAAAUUAAGUUGGGGUUUCUGUUAUUAUGUUGUUAUGUUUUGUACGAAAUAAUUCUUAUAUAGAGAAAAAGAAUAUCCUUAUUUCACACACACUUCCUCUGCUAUUUUAAAUUGUCAUGGAAUGCCUUGACAACAGUAUUUUCAUCUUAAAAGACUAUUUGCCUCAAGUUAAAACAGUUCUUAUUUGUUGAGAUAAUUAAGAACCAUUUUUCGUUAACUCAAAACGCAGUUAUAAGAAUAUAAGAUUUUUUAUCUUAUUUCAAUUAGUUUCUUUUUUUACUUUCUUGUUGAUUUCUCGUCCUGAAAUGUGAAACCCAACUUUAGUUGAGAGAGGUGACAUAUAUCAAAAUAUGAAAGGCAUUAGGUGUUUACUCGAGCAAUUCGUAUAUAUACGAACAUUAGGGUGGCUGAGUAAAAAAAAAUUGCUAUUUUUCCACCACAACACUAAAAUUUAUAACAUUUUAAGGAUAGUUCUAAAUAACUAUUUUGUUCUAUCAUGUUGGAAGAACAAUAUCUUUUUUCUAUAAAGAGUGAUGCCACCUAAUGUGUGCGCAUAUGUCCGCACAUGACAGUCAACGUGUGAAAAAUGAACAAUUUUCGAUACGUAUAAUUUACAAUUAUUUUUGUUUCCUUUUUUUAAUUUUCGAUCCAUAUAGUUAUACGAUUUUUAUGCUAAAAUCAUGUUCGGCUUUUAUACUUUUCCGCGGCUCAUUAGCAGCAUAAGUUUUUGUUCAGUUUAUGUGGUUCAACAUUAAGCAUUGACGUAUCACACACACAAACACACUCACACAGUAAAACUCCUUAAAAGAACUGCCGUUAAUUAACGUUGUACACUAUUUUUAUUACAAACAAAAACAACAAAAAGGGGGGCAAAGAUAUAAUUGAAAACGCAACUGAAAAACAAAGAAAUGAAAAGAAAGGGGGACUUUAAUAAUUGUAAGAUAAAAGCAACAAACAUUUUUAAGUUCGAAUGAUUUUUAUGUAAAUUGGCUUUUCAUUUUUGUAGAAACAAUUAUAGUAAAAUAAAAUAAAAAAAAAAACAAAAAAAAUCCCAAUAGUAAAAAACCAACAACUUCUUAAAAUAGUUGUGCAAAAACUACAAUAACAAUGCAGUAAAAUAUAGCAACUUAACUUAAAUGAAUAAUAUUAAUAAUAAUAAAUACCGUUAAGAAGUCAUAUUCAGGGAUAUUUAGCAUUUUAUACUGAAUUUAUGUUUUUAGUUUUCUAAAUGCUUGAUAGAAAUACAAAAUAGUAAAAGCAAGUAUAACAACAGCAAAAACAAUACAUAAAAAUAAUACCAAUGCUAAUAAAUUAAUAUUAAGACGAAGAUAACAAAAAAGUAUGUUUAGCAGAAAAUGUAUAAUAGAAACAGGUACGGAAAACUACAACUAUUCACACUCAGUGCUAUUUUGUUUUUUUUUUUUUUGGUAAUUUUUUUAUUUCGAAAAUGCACAUACAGAAUUUAAAACUUUCUAAUGGCACUCCACAAAAAACACAAAAUAUUUUCGUUGCAUAUAAACUUUUUUUCCUAUGGAACUGUAGCAAGCGAUAUUUAUUUUUGUAAUUUACAAUAAAGAUAUAAAGUAAAAUAUC